AUGGAAAACGAACCAGACCAUGAAAAUGUGGAACAGAGCCUUUGUGCCAAGACUACAGAAGAAGAACUGAAUAAGUCUUUCAAUCUUGAAGCUUCGCUUUCAAAAUUUUCUUACAUAGAUCUGGACAAGGAACUGGAGUUCAAAAAUGAUCUGAUUGAUGACAAGGAAUUUGAUAUUCCUCAAGUUGAUACGCCUCCAACACUGGAAAGCAUACUCAAUGAGACUGAUGAUGAAGAGGAGUCUUUUGUUCUGGAGGACCCUACAUUGUUAAACAUUGAUACUAUUGAUUCCCACUCCUAUGAUACUUCGUCUGUGGCAAGUUCAGAUAGUGGUGACAGGACCAACUUAAAAAGGAAGAAGAAAUUACCUGAUUCUUUUUCACUCCAUGGGUCAGUUAUGCGACAUUCACUUUUGAAGGGAAUUUCUGCGCAGAUAGUGUCUGCAGCUGACAAAGUUGAUGCUGGCUUGCCUACAGCAAUUGCAGUGUCCAGUCUGAUAGCAGUGGGUACAUCUCAUGGAUUGGCUUUAAUAUUUGGAAAAGAUCAGAAUCAAGCUUUGCGACUCUGUCUGGGGAACACUAGUGUUGGAGGUCAGUAUGGAGCCAUCUCUGCCCUCAGUAUCAACAACGACUGCUCAAGACUUCUCUGUGGCUUUGCUAAGGGACAGAUCACGAUGUGGGAUUUGGCCAGUGGAAAACUUCUAAGAUCAAUAACAGAUGCUCAUCCUCCAGGAACAGCAAUAUUGCAUAUUAAGUUUACAGAUGAUCCAACUCUUGCAAUUUGCAAUGACAGCGGAGGCUCUGUUUUUGAAUUGACAUUUAAGAGAGUGAUGGGAGUGAGAACGUGUGAAUCUAGGUGUCUGUUCAGUGGUUCCAAGGGUGAAGUUUGCUGUAUUGAGCCUCUUCAUUCUAAGCCCGAGUUGAAAGAUCAUCCCAUCACACAGUUUUCCUUAUUGGCCAUGGCAUCCUUAACAAAGAUACUGGUCAUUGGAUUGAAACCAUCCUUGAAAGUGUGGAUGACUUUUCCCUAUGGACGGAUGGAUCCUUCCAGUGUUCCGUUGCUGGCCUGGCACUUUGUGGCAGUGCAUAAUUACGUGAAUCCCAUGCUUGCCUUCUGCAGAGGAGAUGUUGUUCAUUUUCUGUUGGUGAAGAGAGAUGAGUCUGGAGCAAUACAUGUUACUAAGCAAAAGCAUCUUCACCUCUACUAUGACCUCAUCAACUUCACUUGGAUAAACUCACGUACAGUUGUGCUCUUGGACAGCGUGGAGAAGUUGCAUGUGAUCGAUCGGCAGACUCAAGAGGAAUUAGAAACGGUGGAGAUCUCAGAAGUUCAGUUGGUCUAUAACAGCAGCCAUUUCAAAUCCCUAGCCACCGGAGGAAAUGUUAGCCAGGCACUGGCUUUGGUUGGAGAGAAGGCUUGUUAUCAGUCCAUCAGUAGUUACAGUGGUCAGAUCUUUUACUUGGGGACAAAAUCUGUUUAUGUGAUGAUGCUGAGAAGCUGGAGAGAGAGAGUGGAUCAUCUUCUGAAACAAGAUUGUCUUACAGAAGCCUUGGCUCUUGCAUGGUCUUUCCAUGAAGGAAAAGCAAAAGCAGUAGUGGGAUUAUCAGGGGAUGCCAGUAAGCGAAAGGCUGUUGUUGCAGAUCGGGUGAGUAUUUUAGUAGGGGCUUUACUAGGGUACAGUACAGAUUUGCCUUUGUGGUCUUUAGCAGACCACUUUGAGUAUGUGUUACAUGUAACCAAGGGACAAAGGGGACAGGGUUGUGAUGCUUUCUUUAUGGUUUCUCUUCAGGACAUGGUGCCUGUCAUAGUUGAUUACUGCCUGCUGCUAGAGCGAAAGGAUCUUUUAUUUAGCCAGAUGUAUGACAAAUUGAGUGAGAAUUCAGUGGCUAAAGGAGUGUUUUUGGAGUGCCUUGAACCAUAUAUUUUAAGUGAUAAAUUGGUGGGGAUGACCCCCCAGGUAAUGAAAGACUUGAUUGUUCAUUUCCAAGAUAAAAAGUUAAUGGAAAAUGUGGAAGCCCUCAUUGUACAUAUGGAUAUCACCAGCCUAGAUAUUCAGCAGGUAGUUCUCAUGUGUUGGGAAAAUCGUCUGUAUGAUGCUAUGAUCUAUGUUUACAACAGAGGCAUGAAUGAAUUUAUUAGUCCAAUGGAGAAACUUUUCAGAGUCAUUUCUCCUCCUCUGAAUGCAGGAAGAACACUAACAGAUGAGCAAGUUGUUAUGGGCAACAAGCUGCUUGUAUAUAUUAGCUGUUGUCUAGCAGGCCGAGCCUAUCCCCUUGGUGACAUCCCUGAAGAUCUUGUUCCCUUGGUUAAAAACCAGGUUUUUGAAUUUCUGAUUCGCCUGCAUUCAGCAGAAGCCUCCCCUGAGGAAGAAAUCUACCCCUAUGUUCGGACUUUGCUACAUUUUGACACAAGAGAAUUUCUAAAUGUAUUGGCACUGACUUUUGAAGAUUUUAAAAAUGACAAGCAAGCUGUAGAAUAUCAACAACGAAUUGUGGACAUUUUGUUGAAAGUUAUGGUGGAGAAUUCAGAUUUUACUCCUUCACAAGUCGGGUGUCUCUUUACGUUCCUUGCCCGGCAGCUUGCAAAGCCUGACAAUACCUUGUUUGUAAACAGAACCCUUUUUGAUCAGGUCCUUGAAUUCCUCUGUAGUCCUGAUGAUGACUCCCGACACUCUGAAAGACAGCAGGUCCUUUUAGAAUUGCUGCAGGCUGGAGGCAUAGUUCAGUUUGAAGAGAGUCGGCUCAUCCGUAUGGCAGAAAAAGCAGAGUUCUAUCAAAUUUGUGAGUUUAUGUAUGAACGAGAACACCAGUACGACAAAAUUAUUGAUUGUUACUUACGUGAUCCACUGAGGGAGGAAGAAGUCUUUAACUACAUUCACAAUAUCUUAUCCAUUCCUGGACACAGUGCAGAGGAAAAGCAGUCUGUAUGGCAGAAAGCAAUGGAUCAUAUUGAGGAACUUGUAUCCCUGAAGCCCUGUAAAGCUGCAGAGCUGGUUGCUACUCACUUUUCUGAACAGAUUGAAAUAGUCAUUAAAAAACUUCAGGACCAGGUUUUGCUUUUCAAGUUUUUGAGGAGUCUUCUUGACCCAAGGGAAGGUAUUCAUGUAAAUCAGGAAUCGCUGCAGAUGCCUCCCUCUGUUACGGAGCAGUUCAUUGAGCUGUUGUGUCAGUUCGACCCAAACCAGGUUAUAGAGACGCUGCAGGUCCUUGAGUGCUACCGCCUGGAAGAAACCAUCCAGAUUACCCAGAAGUAUCAACUUCAUGAAGUCACUGCCUAUCUAUUAGAAAAAAAAGGAGAUAUUCAUGGGGCCUUCUUAAUAAUGCUAAAGAGACUACAAAGCAAACUUCAGGAGAUAACACAUCAAGAUGAAAAGGCCAAAGAGGACCUUUCAUUGAAGGAUGUUGAAGAUACCAUGGUAGAGACAAUUGCCCUUUGCCAGAGGAAUUCGCAUAAUUUGAACCAGCAGCAAAGAGAGGCACUCUGGUUUCCAUUAUUGGAGGCAAUGAUGGCCCCUCAGAAGCUGUCUGGUUCAGCUACACCUCAUCUACACCCUGAAGCUCUGAGAUCUCUGACCAUGCAAGUUCUAAACAGCAUGGCAGCUUUUAUUGCCCUUCCAUCCAUCUUGCAAAGAAUCUUACAGGAUCCAGUUUACGGAAAAGGAAAACUUGGAGAAAUCCAGGGACUCAUUCUGGGAAUGUUGGAUACCUUUAACUAUGAACAAACUCUGCUGGAAACAACUACUAGCCUUCUAAACCAAGAUCUCCAUUGGUCAUUGUGUAACCUGAGAGCUUCAGUCACCAGAGGACUGAAUCCCAAGCAGGAUUACUGCUCUAUAUGUUUGCAGCAGUACAAGAGACGCCAAGAAAUGGCGGAUGAAAUCAUUGUCUUUAGCUGUGGCCAUUUGUAUCACUCAUUCUGUCUGCAAAACAAAGAGUGCACCAUAGAAACUGAGGGGCGGACAAGAUGGACAUGCUACAAAUGCAGCUCAAGUAACAAAGUAGGGAAAUUAAGUGAAAAUUCAUCUGAAAUUAAAAAGGGGAAGACAGCCCCGUCACAGGUAAAAAUGUCUCCUCCUUGUCCUCCAUCCAAAGGGGAUCCUGCUGUUAAGAAGGUAACCUCAGAACCUGUUCUGGACCCACAGCAAAUCCAAGCGUUUGAUCAACUUUGCCGUCUCUACCGAGGAAGUUCCCGGCUGGCCCUCCUUACAGAACUCUCCCAGAAUCGCAGCAGCGACAGCUACAGGCCGUUCAGUGGCUCCCAGAGUGGCCCUGCUUUCAACAGCAUCUUCCAGAAUGAGAACUUCCAGCUGCAGCUCAUUCCCCCACCUGUGACUGAGGACUGA